UCGUUGAUUCUGCACGCAACCGUCGUCCAGGUCGUAUUAAUUAAGUGUUCAUUCAAAUUAAAGUAGUCUUUGGAAGGAUAUUGUAACAAUGUUUUUAAUACAGUUAACGAUUUUCGUUUUAUUUUUUAUUAACUUCGUCUCAUCUGCCGAUCCCGAUGUGGAACUGCAAUUACUUCACGUGGUAUUUCGCCAUGGUGACAAAGUGCCCCAUCGAGAGUUCCAAAAUUAUCCCAAUGAUCCGUAUCGAGAACAUACUUACUAUCCGAUAGGAGACGGGGAUUUGACCAAUCAAGGCAAGAUGCGGGAAUACAAAAUCGGGACGAUGCUGCGCGAAAGAUACGAUCAAUAUUUCGGACCGGAUUACUGGCCGGCCAAGAUCUAUGCUCGAUCUACGGAUGUCCCGCGAACCCAACUGUCUCUUCAAUUAGUCCUAGCAGGAUUAUUCCCGCCCUCCGAGAGACAAACCUGGAAUCCACACUUGCCCUGGAUUCCAACGUGGACGUUCUUCGUUCCGUACAAGACUGACAACCUCUUGUUUCCGCAUUACUGUCAUCGGUAUAGAGAAGAAUAUCAACGGUUCCUUCAACUGAAUAGUACAAAAGAGAUAAUUAAUAAAUACAAGAACGUAAUGGAUUAUUUGACUGAUCAUUCUGGUAAAUUGAUUAACAGUACGGAAGCUGUCACUCACAUGUACAAUUUACUUAAAGAAGAGGCUGCGCAAAAUUUGACGCUACCAAGAUGGACCCAAAAUGUUUUCCCUAAUCCGAUGGAAGAAAUGAUAGAAAUGGAUUUCAAACUUCGAUCAUAUACGAAGACUUUGAAAAGAUUAAAUGGAGGUAUUUUGCUUCGCAAAAUGGUGGACAAUAUCCAAGAGAAAAGAACAGGAAAAUUGCCACAUGAUAGAAAAGCUUUUUUCUUUGGCAGUCACGAAGUCAAUAUAGCCGCCGUUGCCUACGCUUUGGGAACAAACGAACCAACGGUCCCUGCUUAUGGUGCUACAAUUAUUCUAGAGACUCUCCAAGACAAGAAAGGAAUUUACUACGUCCGAGUCUUACUGUGGACUGGCGUUACGGAACAACUAAUUAUACAGACGAUUCCAGGUUGCACGGAAUUGUGUCCCUUUGUAAAAUUUCUCGAUAUUAUAAAAGAUGUUUUACCGAAUGACGACGAGUAUUAUUGUCGGCGAAAUAAAACAACAGAAGCUCAUGUGCCACAUUAUCAAUCAUCUGCGACACAUAUAAACGACGACCAAUUUUGGCGAUACUUUUUCUUCGUCAUUUUAUUCGCGUUCACGUCGAAAUUUAUACAAAAAUGAUUUAUCGACGCAGAUAUAAUAAUUCUAAAUCUAAAAUAUUUAUUGUCCUUUUUCUUCGAGAAACGUGAUCUUAACCCAGGGAAAUAGUUGCGAAAAUAAAUAGUUGCCACUCGCGUAUUACGACCGAUACCUGUAUCGGAAAUACUUUAUCGAACUAUGAGAGUACUCGGAAGGCCCAGCGAGGUUGCGGUUAUACAUUUCGCUACGUAUGUUGUGGUUAGCGCGUUGAUGUAUUUUACCGCACGUGUUGUUACACUGUCACGUUACAUACGUGAACUACUAUGUACAUAUGUAAAUAGCUGUCAGUAUAUUGAUUUUAUUGUAGUCUCAAUAUCGUAAUCAUUUUAAAACAAACAUCUCAUUCAUAAACUCAUGUUAUCUAGAACGUGGGAUUUUCAAAGCCUACAUCGGAUUUAAUCAAUCAAUCAUGCUCGUAAGUAAAUUUUACCGACUAAAAUCAAUAUUCUAUGACAUUUACUGCCAUACAAGUAUCUAGAUAUCGCUACUAUUAUUCGUUAAUAUUAAUAUUUUAAAUAACAUUGUAUUUAUGA